AUAGCGCAGCGGGCACAGCAGCCGGCCGAACGACAGCAGGGUAGUUUGUAUGUGUUUGUAUGCGUGUGGAUUGGGACUGCAGGUUUGGUUUCUGUUUUGGCUGGAAUGACUCUGGAUAGAUAAAAAGACCCGGGAAUAACACAAACAGAAUUGUCGGCUCUGCCUCAUAAAAAAAAUAUUGUUCUGGCUCCGUUAAUGUCAAUAUUAUGUGUUAUUAUUGCCGCCAUUUAUUCAGUAAGUCUUAGGAUGUGUUUCACUACGCUUUAUAAUAACCAGGUCAAUGCCUGAAGAAACCCUCCGGCAUGCUGCAACACCCUAUCGCGUGGACAUCAGUUGCUCUGAGAAUCGGACCUGAUUUUCGUAACCUGCUUUUUUCCUGUGGCAUUCAAAAUAAAGACAAACUUUUUCGCUAUGUUUAUAAUUUUUCCAAAACUUUUAAAAAGUUUUGUUAUAAGAUUUUAAUAAGUUUCACUGCUACAAGAGCAGCAUUUUGCAUUUUUGCUUCGUUUUCUUGUCUGUCUAUUUAGUAGUAUAUUUGAGAGUUUUAUCCUGCAGUCUGUUUCUAGGCUGUGUGGGGGACUGAUCGGCGGUCGUUUGUUCUCCGCGGUUCUCAUCUCUUUUCCACCUGCUGGGUUAGAGUACCCCAAAGUACCUGGAGGGCUUGUUUUGUUCCAGGAAGUUUGGUGGUUUGGUGCGCGUUGCACAACUUGACAGACACACCGUUGUCGGCUGGAGAUUACGGACCGCCUUUCAUUAUUGUAAAAGAAGGAAAAUAUGAAGUUAGUCUAAGGAUUCGCCUGUAUUCUUUACCUUCUUCUAUCAAAUCAAUCAUUCAAAAGACUUGUACAGUAUACCACCGCAGAGAGAUCAUCGGAGUUCAAACGACACAGAUCGGUUUCUAAAUGGGCAGUCGUGUCCCUUUGCUGGGUUUUGAGAUUAUUUACCUCGACACGGGGAUCUGCAGACAGUGCGCUUGGAGCGAGAGGUGGAGCUCGUGUUUACCACUGGCGUGCUGAUGACACUUGACUUCUGGACGUCUGACUCUGCGGGAACAGUAUCUCCGUGACACCUUCAUGAGCCCGCAACACAGAGCAGCAGAACACUCUCAUUGAACAGAGCUCAUUGAAAAAGUGAAUCGGAAAACAAUUAUAAGAGUAUCUAAGAGGAGUUUUCAACUGCGCACAAAUGGUUUUCCUUUGGGACGCCAAAUACGAUCCGGCCCCAGGGCGCCGCUUCACCCCACCUUCCACCACACUGAGCCCUGGUAAGAUGAGCGAUGCAUUGCCACUUGGGGCACAGGACAACAGUGCCGCCCUGGUGGGUAAACUGCGCAUCACGGACCGCAGCAUGGUGGAGGUGCUGGCCGAUCAUCCAGGGGAGCUGGUCCGUACAGACAGCCCCAACUUCCUCUGCUCCGUCCUGCCUACACAUUGGAGGUGCAAUAAGACCCUACCAAUUGCAUUCAAGGUGGUUGCCCUCGGGGAUGUCCCGGAUGGCACUCUGGUAACAGUGAUGGCUGGCAACGAUGAGAACUACUCUGCUGAGCUACGGAAUGCAACCGCGGCCAUAAAGAAUCAGGUGGCGCGUUUCAAUGACCUGCGUUUUGUGGGCCGCAGUGGAAGAGGAAAAAGCUUCACCCUGACCAUCACCGUCUUCACCAACCCGCCCCAGGUGGCCACCUACCACCGCGCCAUCAAAAUCACUGUGGAUGGCCCACGGGAGCCUAGACGACACCGUCAGAAGCUGGAGGAGCCGGUGAAGCCGGGCAGCCUGGCAUUUUCAGAGCGGCUGAGUGAGUUGGAACAGCUGCGCCGCAGCGCCAUGAGGGUUAGCCCCCACCAUCCCAGCCCCACACCGAACCCCCGGCCACCCCUCAACCACACUGCUCCCUUUGCCAGCCCUACGCACAGCCAGAUCCCCGACUCCAGGCAGAUGCAGACAUCACCCUCCUGGACCUAUGAGCAGUCCUAUCCCUACCUCGGUCAGAUCUCCACCCCCUCCGUCCACCCAGCCACGCCUAUCUCACCUGGACGGGCCAGCGGCAUGUCAGCGCUCACUGACCUCUCCAGCCGGCUGUCAGGUUCGGAGCUGACAGCAUUCAGUGACCCCCGGGUGGGGCUGGAGCGCCAGUUCUCCUCGCUGCCUUCGCUGCCAGAGAGUCGCUUCCCUGACCCACGCAUGCACUACCCUGGAGCAUUUACCUACACCCCCACACCGGUCACCACCGCCAUUGGCAUCGGCAUGCCAGCCAUGACAGGCACCGCACGCUACCACACCUAUCUGCCCCCACCGUACCCUGGGGGCUCCUCUCAGGGCCAGACUGGGGCCUUCCAGACCAGCUCGCCCCCCUACCACUUGUACUACAGCACCGCUGCCGGCUCAUACCAGUUCUCCAUGAUGUCUGGGGGUGAACGUUCUCCUCCUCGCAUCCUCCCUCCCUGCACCAAUGCAUCCACAGGCUCCGCCCUGCUAAAUCCUUCCCUGCCCAAUCAAAGUGAAGCAGUGGAGACAGAAGGAAGUCACAGCAGCUCCCCUACCAACAUGGCCACUGGCGCAGGCCGUCUGGAAGAGGCUGUGUGGCGGCCAUAUUGAUCCCUACACCCUCCUCAUGCUCACUCCCAGACAGGGUUGGAGAACCUGUGGCCAAACACUUUGCACUUCCACUUGCUCACUGAAUUUAUUCUUUUUGUAUCAAGAAGAUUGUAAAUAGUGAAGACUAGCAACAGGGGAACAAUGUGGGAGGAUGUAAAGGAGGAAAAACCAAUGAUUUGUUUUCUUCUUCUUGUUUUUGAAUGUACUGCUGUUUUUUAUAAUUGUUCUUGUUAUUCUUAAUUAUUAUAACAUCAUUUGAAGUCUGCAAAGAAGAAAACACAGAAACUGUGAAUGAUGAACAUGUGAUAGACUGUGAAGAGACAUUUGGGUGUGCAAGGGUACUGGUUUGCUUCUAGUGUCGCCAGCGCUGUCACUGCUCCUGAGUGCAGGAAUCCCACAGAGGUGUCACACCACAAAAGCCCUUUCACAUCGGCGCCAGGGAGAGACGUGAGUGAAUGGUACAAAUCGCGUGUGCAUAUAAAAAGAUCUAUUCAGUAUCACAUAGAAAAUCAAACUGCAAACAUUCUCUGUCUGGACAGUGUUCCAAAAACCCAACAUGAUUAAUUUGUUUUUGGGAUUCAUCCAUUCUUAGAUGACAGCACAAUGUAAAACAGAGCAGAGCAAGUGGGAAUUUGUGAAAGAUGUUCAAUUUUGCAUUAAUAUUUGAUAAUGUAACACAUAACAUAUAGGAAAUGGUGCAGUACGCAGUUGGGCUGGCAGUAGAGGGAUAUCGGUCCAGAUUGGGCUCACCUUUACAAGUUCCAGAAAACCCAGUCUCAAAAUUUUGUGUAAGCCUUAUCUUUAAAUGUCAGCAUUUUCCAACUUUUAAGAAUUUUUGGUUGACAGUCGGUAGUGAAUUGUGGUAUUUUGUGUUACUCAAAAAAAGAGAUGGAAGAUUGACUUCCUGAGUUAUCAUGAAAGAUUUUUUAAGGGGUUAAAGUAAAGGCUAGGCUUUAUGCAGGGAUUAGUGAUAGCAUUUGGGCUAAAACUGGUCUGAUCAGUAUGGGAUCUUGUUAUGGCUAUUGUAAGGGAAAUGUGACAGGGUAGACAGGUAUAGAUUCCUGAAAAGGUUAGGAGCUUAUUACUCUGAGGUCCACGAGCUGGACUCCUUGUUUGCAUGGAGAGCCACUCUGGUACAGUACAACCAACUCUGAGAGCCAUUGAUGCCUUUAAGCCUUCUGUGUCAUGGUAGAGGUUGCUGUAUUGUGGGGAGAGAGCCUAUUCCUACACAAGCUGCAGUGACUGAUGGGUCUCACUCCAGCCCACCUUUCAAUUAUUGAAUUCAUUUAAUUACAAGAUGAAGUGCACAAAAUAAAAGAACCAUUUCCUCCCAGAUCUUAGUCAGUUGGUAAUUAAAUGAUCCUUGUAAAUGCUGCAGGAGACGCUUGUCUUUGUCUGAAGGACUGGUUAAGACCCUCUGUGUUUUCAGACUUCACUGUGACGCAAUGAAAGUGGUACAGGGCAAGCCCAGGACAUGAGUGGUCAACAGCACACUGGCCACCUCUCCUUCCUGCUGGCUGCAGCUGUGAGAAUAUUCUCUCGCUGUGUCCCUCCUGCUGCCUGGGGUUUUAUACACUCUGAGGCCAAUGGGCUGAACUCACAGAAAGAACUCACUUUGUGUAAAUAGUCCUUGAUUGUAAAUGAAUGCCUGAAAAAGUCAUUGAGGCUUUAUGUUACUACACAACACUGUGCUUUUUCACUUCUGGAAAUAUUUUUUUAUUGUUUUGUUGUAUUUUUUAGUUUAAUUUUAUUUUAUAAAUAUAAAUACAGUUGUGUAGCUGGAACCAUG